UGUGUUUUUAUAGACUUGACCACCGCAGCCGUCGUUGCGCCCGUACAACACGACGAUUAUGUCGAAGAAGAGCAAGAAACUCAGGUCUCGAAAAGCAUCUGAGAAAAGUGCUGACUUAGAGAGUCCGAAUGAAGAACAGCCAACGCUCUGUAGGCAUAUAACCGGAGCAACAAAUGGCAAUCAAGUAAGAAAGGCGUUGGAUAGCGCCUCAAAGAAUGGGGCGCACGAUUGGCGGCGAUGCAACGUUUGUCAGAGAUCGAGGGAUGCGAGUAAAGAAGGAAGCGAAUCGGAGAAAACGUAUGGCAUUUGCCUGCAGUGUGGCGCUGUGAAUUGUUGGAAUCCGGAGAUGAAUGAUAAUCAUUGCAGCGAUCAUUUUAAAACUCCUAGAUCUAGUGUGCAUUCAUUGGUCCUGCUCACUUCAGACUGGACUGUUUGCUGCUUUACCUGUAAUUUUACAAUGACGCCUCCUGUAUCGAAGCGGCUGUUGGAAGUCGUUGGAAUGGUCAGAAAACAUGUGGAUAAACUGGGCACGAUCUCACAGAAUGUUGUUGAUAACCAGCCACUCUCUUUAGGUUUUUCAAGGAACGAAACGACCCCUGCUAUCGAAACUGAAAAUUCCAAGUUCGCUCCCAGAGGAAAAUCUUCAAUUCAGUCAGAUAUGCCUUCUAUACGUGGAUUGACGAAUAAUGGCAACACGUGUUUUUUCAAUUCAUCUCUCCAGUCUUUGAGUCAGUGUCACUAUCUUACGCAAAUUCUUGAAGCACAUUCUCAAAGCCAGGAAAAUUUUCGAAUUCCAGCGCCUGCCCCAAGGCGUUCCAUAUGCGACAAUGAGAAUAUGUCAUUUGAAGACCUGGAAAUACAGUUGUGUCAAUCGGAGCCACUUGUGCAAGAUGCUGUGUCGCAUUUCAGGCUCAUGGUAGCUUCGUCUGCGCUUCGUGGUCCAGUCAAUCCUGGUUCUCUCUUCACCAAACUAUGCAAAAGAGCAGUUCAAUUCGAAGGGGGAGAGCAACAUGAUGCGCAAGAGCUUCUGCGACAUUUUCUUGAACAAAUCCGCCAAGAUGAAGUGAAGCGUUAUCGGAUAGGCAUUUUAAAUGCCUUUCAACUCUCAAGUAAAACAACUCCAAAUGAAGUGGAUGAGCGGACACACGCCAAAGUGAAGCGUUAUGGACGACGUGCCGGUCAGAACACUGUCGUCGAUUGGGUUUUCUGUGGUCAGUUCAUCAACACAAUAGUGUGUGAAGAAUGUUAUCAUUAUUCACAAAGGAUAGAAAGUUUCCUCGACAUUUCGCUUCCAAUCUUGGACGAAAAGGUUCUCCGCCAUGGUACAAAGCAUGAAGAUGAGGGAGAGCCCAGUGAUUUGUUGCAGUCAAAGAAAAAAAAGCUGGAAAAACUUGGGCGGAAACCGAAAGGACGUGCUAAAGAAUUACUGAAGAAAGAGCAACGCCGCCAAUCAGCCCAACAGAAGAGCGUUGCAUCCGAGUGUUCCAAGAAUGAUGAGCCGGGAACCGCAGAGGACGUUAAGCCUGCUUCUGCUUUACUCCCGGAACAUGAAACUCCGGACUCCAUCAGUGCAUCCGCUGAUGAAGCAGACGAAGAAAGUUUCAACGGUGGUGAUGGUGAUGUUGAAGAUAAUCUGGAUACUUAUGGUUCCCGGGGAUGUUCUUCUCCACGAGGGAUUUCCGCUGAUGCCGUGUCGGUGAAUUCAGAACAUUCGGCCUCUUCGUGCGAUUCCGGGGUAGAACCCUCAGGAAAAGUUCCUCCACCGCCGGAGGAGCCAGAACAAACCUGCCAAACAAUUAAUGAUAGUGGAUGGACCAGCAUGGACAACGGAAAUGUGGAUACUUCACCGAUAACGAAGAGCAGAUGUAGUGUGGACGAUGAUGUCAACCACACCAUCUCCGAAAUGGCGGCGUUAUCUUUGGAGACGGAGAAAAUAUCUGAAGACAUGAUCUUGAAGCGGUGGGCAACACUUUGUCAAGAUCGCAGUGGAGUUAAACGAACCCGGCAAGGGAAUUCUAGUGUGAAUGUUGAUAUGCUGUUGACGCAUUUCACAAGCCCUGAAAUUUUAUCAGGCUGCAACAAGUUCGCUUGUGACAAAUGCAAUGAUGUUUCGAACGACGUUCAUCCUUCGUCGGACUCAGAUGAGGAAAAGAUGAAGUCGAAGGCAGAAAAAAAGAAAAAGCUUCAUCUUUCGAAUGCUAGUCGGCAAGCUUUGAUACUGAUGCCGCCAGCAGUUUUAACGCUGCAUUUCAAACGGUUUGAGCAAACCAGUUCAUUCACAUUACGAAAAGUGAAUAAGCAAGUGGAAUUUCCUUUCGUUCUGGAUCUCACCCCAUAUGUGGCCAAGCCUGCCCGUGUGCUCGCCCCAGAAGGAAACAGUUUAAUCCUCUACUCCUUGUUCGCCGUUGUGGAACAUUCGGGCUCGCUUCGAGGCGGCCAUUAUACCGCUUACGUGAAAGUUAGAAAGCCACAAGCGAUCGAGGAAGUGAGAAAAAUGCUCAACGUUGACCUGGACGGAGACGUCGACUCUUACUUCCAGAAAUUUCUGACGUGCUGGAGGGAAACGAAUGAAAAAAGCCCCAGCUUUUUCGAUGAGACCUUCGCGACGGAUGUUGUGGCGCAACAUGAGAAGGAAGUGCCUGGAGUGUGGUACCACGCGUCGGAUACCCACACGGCCAAAGUGAGCGCCGACAGGGUUGCCAAGGCUCAGGCGUAUUUGCUAUUCUACGAAAGAGUGCUGUGAGGUUGAAACAACUGUAAUUAAAUUUGCGCGACGAGGUGUGGGGAACGACCGCCCGAGUUCUGAGGGGGUUCCUGGUGCUAAAUCAGGAAGAUGUGCAAGAAAAAGAGAUGAAAGCCGGUCGUGGAUUGUCUUCUCAAAUUGACGCGGGAAUGGAACGUCAGACGUUGUUCCUGAGAAAAACCCGGAAAUGCAACGAUCUGCCAGAUUAA